AUGAGUCUACUGACUAUAUUCGUCAACAUGCAUGAUAGCCUGAUCUCCGUGGUGUACGGAGGAGAAAAUGGCACCGUGGAUCUCCUCCACGUCCCGUCCCGUCAAGGUUCGGAGAGUAUCGCCGAGACUCCCACGGUUGACGCAAGGAGGCCCGCAUCGACCGUGGAUGAGAUAGGAGAUAUGCACUUACGCAGUCCGGCAUAUGAUGGCCCUGAGAUGACGUCGAUUGCAUCCGGGCCAUGCCGCACCUCCAGAGACCAGACCCCUGGUGCCGGGAUGUACAUCGAUUCUACUGUUUCUGGAGCCCGCGCAAUCCUCAUGCGAGUCGGACAUACGACGGAGGCAUCCACCACGUCCCUUCCACGCAACCACCCGCCCGAAUCAAAAGAUAAAGAAUGA